CGGCAGUUUUCACCUCAAAUGGCAAAACCACCACCAGCAGAAGCUCCACACACUCCUUCCUCUCCCCCUCCCCCCAUCUUGGCUGUCGCCAUCUUCGGCAUCCUCACCACCGUCAUCCUACUCCUCUCCUACUACCUCUUCGUCACCAAGUGCCGCACCGGCCGCCGCCGCUCUCCCCCGGCCGACCAGCCUCAUGGACUAGACCCUUCCCUCAUCCGCUCCAUCCCCGUCGUCAGCUUCACCGCCGCUGCCGACGACGACGUCGAGCAGAGCAGCCAGUGUGCGGUCUGCUUGAAUGAGUUCCAAAACAUGGAACGCCUCAAGCGGCUCCCCGGCUGCUCCCACACCUUCCACAUCGACUGCAUCGACACUUGGCUCCAGUUCAACCCCAACUGCCCCCUCUGUCGCUCCGACGUCGCCGCCGCCGCCGCCGCGGCCAUGCCGGCCCAAGUCAUUUCGGUCGUCGAAGAGACUCGAAGCGCAGGAGUAGCAGAUGCAACCGCCGAAAUCACCGGCCAAACCUCAACAAAUGAUUGGAAAACCAGAAGCAUGGGGGACGAAUGCAUUGACAUUAGAGAAAAGGAUGAGGAGUUUUGCGUGCAGCACGUAAGGAGGUCCUUCUCAGUGGAUUCCUCUAGCGAUAGACAGCACGAUCUCUCUCUUCUAUUGUAA